GCCAAGCUCACGGUCUCCGCCCCGAGCCUUACACUGUCCCCGCCCCCAACCUGAAGACCAUAGCCUGGGUGUCUAGAAACUAUGAUGAUGACCUCUACCCUGCGGGCGCUGCUAUUGUUGCCGUUGUUCCUGGGGGCCAGCGGGGGCGGCGGAGCAGGUGUUAAUUUUCGUUUUGCUUCCUACAUUGGUGAUCACAUGGUGUUACAGAAAGAACCAGCUGGAGCUGUGGUCUGGGGUUAUGGUGAAGUUGGAGGCAUUGUGAUGGUGACUCUGCACCAAGCUCAGGAAACCAUCAUGAAAAAGAUAGCCUAUGUGAAAGAACAGUCUGAGACCUGGAUCAUGAUACUGGAUCCUGUAAAGCCUGGUGGGCCUUAUAACAUGACGGCAGAGCAAGUCAUCGGGAAGGAGAGAUACAGCCAGACAGUAUAUGAUGUCUUAUUUGGAGAUGUUUGGCUUUGCAGUGGGCAAAGUAACAUGGAGAUGUCAGUUUCCCAGCAGAGAAUCGAGAAGAUUCUCAGCUCCUCCUUCUACCACACCCCCGGCCAGUCCUAUGAGAUUUUUAAUGCUUCCGAGGAGGAGGCGAAGGCCUUUGCCUAUCCAUUUAUCCGCAUCCUUACAGUUGCUCUUGUCAAGGCAGAGGAGGAGCUGGAGGACCUUACUUCAAUUGAUUUGCCAUGGUCUCUGCCUACCCCAAAAAACCUGGGCCAUGGGAAUUUUACCUAUUACUCAGCAGUAUGCUGGCUGUUUGGGCGCUAUCUGUAUGAUACUCUGAAGUAUCCCAUUGGGCUGGUCUCCUCUAGCUGGGGUGGAACACCUAUAGAAGCCUGGUCAUCUUGGCGGUCACUGCAAGCCUGUGGAGUCCCAAAGGAAGAGAAGCAGAUUACUUUCCCCAGUCUAUAUGCUGGCCCCACUGAUCACUCCAUACUUUGGAAUUCAAUGAUCCAUCCACUACUCAAUAUGACAUUAAAAGGAGUGGUAUGGUACCAAGGAGAGAAUAAUGCAAACUAUAACACUGAUCUGUACAACUGCACCUUUCCUGCUCUCAUUGAAGACUGGCGCCAGGCUUUCCACAAUGGUUCUCAAGGGCAGACACAGCGACUUUUCCCUUUUGGGUUUGUGCAAUUAUCUACAACUAUGUCUAAGGAGGAGGAUUAUGGAUUCCCAAGAGUCCGUUGGCAUCAAACAGCUGAUCUUGGCUAUGUCCCCAAUGUGAGGAUGCCCAAUACCUUCAUGGCUGUGGCAAUGGACCUCUGUGACAGAGAUUCUCCUUUUGGGAGCAUUCACCCUAGAGAUAAACAGACUGUGGCCUACAGAUUGCAUUUGGGGGCCCGUGCUGUAGCUUAUGGAGAGAAGAUGCUUCCUUUUCAGGGUCCGUUGCCUGAAAAGAUAGAAAUCUUAGCUGACAAGGAACUUCUCAAACUUGAAUACCACCAGAAAAUCCAAGUGCAGAAGCAGGAUGACAAGAUCUAUGAGAUCUCAUGCUGCAAUAACCAUCAGUGUAAGUGGAUUCCAGUCCCUAUGGGCAACUCCUCCUCCCAGACUCUAGCCCUUAAAAUUGAUUCCUGUUAUGGCACUGUGACUGCUCUCCGCUAUGCCUGGACUACGUGGCCAUGUGAAUACAAACAGUGUCCCAUUUACAAUCCUAGCAGUGCCCUGCCAGCCCCACCAUUCAUCAUAGUCAUUCCAAGUUAAGACUCCUGGCUGUGCAAAAUUUGGGAAGGAAAAGGAAUGAAAAAGAAUAAUUGAUUUGGGUUGAGAUUUCAUUUUAAUUUAGUUUUUAUUAGAUCCUGGAUGAAAUGCUCAGGUCUUAAAUUCUGGUCUGGUUUUCUAUAAACAAUCAUGGGUGGAACCUUUAAGAAGUUAGCCAGAGAAGCACUGAGGUGGCACAGUGGAUUGAGCACUGGCCUUGGAGUCAGGAGAACCUGAGUUCAAAUCUGGCCUCAGACACUUACU